AUGUGUGAGACUUUCAACUCAGUUAUAAGAGAUGCAAGAGAUAAACCUAUCCUCACCCAAAUGGAAUGGAUGAGGAGGUACAUGAUGAGGAGGAACAAUGAGAAGUGGGAGGACUCCAAGGAACUGACAAGCAACCUCACUCCAUAUGUGCAUAAGCUGUUUCAGAGGAUGAGCUAUGUGUCUAGGCUUUGCAUUGUGCAAGCUGCCAGGGAUGACACUUUUGAAGUGCAACUGAAUGAUGACCAAGUUCUAGUUGACUUGGAAAAAGCAACUUGUUCCUGCAAUCAUUGGCAGUUGACAGGCAUCCCAUGUGUUCAUGCCUUUCCAUGCAUUAUGGACCAAAGGAGUGAUGCUGAGCAAUAUGUGCACCCCUUUUACAGUAUGGAGACCUACAGAGCUGCAUAUGAGCCUACAAUUCAACCAAUGCCAGGCCCAAAGCACUGGGAGAGAGUGAACAUGAGAGAGCCUCGGCCACCAGCCUUUAAUGUGCAGCCUGGAAGACCAAAAUCCAAGAAAAUAAAGCUUGAGCCUGGUGAGGGAACAUCUGCAGCAGGGGGGCAGCAGAGAGCACAGAGAAGGAAGAGUCAGUGCAAGAGCUGUGGUGGAUUUCGCCACUAUGCCAAGACUUGCAAGCGCCCAACUGUACCUGAACCCACGGAUGACAGAACUGCAGGAAGGCCCCCUUUGAACUUACCAUGGGUUGUUGAACAGAGGAAGAAGAGUGAGAUCAGAGCUGCUAAGAAGAGUGCAGUAGGGGCUGGUCCAAACAUCAUUGGGAACAAGACCUUUCCUCAAGAGCAACCAGGAUGUGAACCACUAAGUAAGAGGAAAGGUUCACAAAGUCAACAAGGCCAGCCACAAUCCAAGCAAAAUAUGACCCCCUCUUCCAGUCAACCAGAUCCCAGAAACACAGACAAAGUUCAACUCAGUGGUGUGCAAACAAGGAGAGCCAAGCUGCAGACUUUAAAAAAUGAAAAUUUGACUCAGUGA